CGCCGCCUCUCCUCCCGCCCUCCCCGAGGAGCCGGGCGUGCGCUGCGCUGCGCGCGGAGCAGGUGCGGGCGAGCCCCUCGCAUGAGGUUGCCCGACUGACGGUGGUAGCGGCGCCGGGGGCUCCGCCCGCCCCUCCUCGGGGCCGCACUCGGACUCCGGCGCGCGAGGAAAUGUCGGUGGUGACGGGCAGCAGCGAGGCGGCCGCCGGCGGGGCCGGUGGCGGUGGGGCGCGGGUUUUCUUCCAGAGCCCCCGCGGCGGUGCCAGCGGCAGCUCGGGCUCCUCCCGGGAGGAGUCAGCGCCGGUGGCCACGGCGGCCACUGCCGGGCAGGUUCAGCAGCAACAGCAGCAGCAACAGCAGCAGCGGCGCCACCAGCAAGGAAAAGUGACAGUGAAAUACGACAGAAAGGAGCUUCGGAAGCGGCUGGUGCUGGAGGAGUGGAUCGUGGAGCAGCUGGGUCAGCUGUACGGUUGCGAGGAAGAAGAAAUGCCAGACGUGGAAAUCGACAUCGACGACCUUCUUGAUGCAGACAGUGAGGAAGAGAGAGCAUUAAAACUACAGGAAGCUCUUGUAGACUGCUACAAUCCAACAGAGGAAUUUAUCGCAGAGCUGCUCUCCCGGAUAAGAGGCAUGAGGAAACUCAGCCCUCCACAGAAGAAGAGCAUAUGAUUCUGGAACAGGGUAGAACUGUCUCAGAGACAAAGUGUCCUGGGAUUUGGACUUCAUGAAGACUUUUAUUAAACAAUAUUUGUCCUUAUGAACAACUUUUUUUUUUUUUGGUGUGUGGGGAGGGAAUCUAUUAGACAUUUAUUCAAGAGUGUUCAUUUUUGUUCUUGUUGUUUUAAAGGUUUUCUUUAGUGUAAUAUUUUAAUAGCAAAGAUAUCAUGACUCUUGACUGCAGCCCUACUGAGGAUCCUCAAAGCAGGGGGACUUCCAAGGGUGGGCCAGGACAGGCAGUGUUUUCUUCAAGGACUCAGAUGUUUAGUACUUUACUAGGCAGGGAAGGUGGCUUUCUUAUAACCAGUUUGGUAAUGUUUUUUUCUUAAGUUGUACAUGUGACUCAGAUGUCAAAUUUCCUGUACUUGUAUAUAUAUCUACACACGACUAAGUUAAAAUGUAGAUGUGAGUUUUAUUUCACAUGGAUGGAACAAACUUGUGGUCAUCCUUUCAUGGGAGGUCACAGCACAUGUAUUUCCAAGAGGCCAUUGGGCAUUCUUCAUGUGAGUGCUGUUGACCUUCGACCUUCACUUUCUGCACCAAAGUGGAAGAAUCUAGUGUAUCCAUUAUUCUAAUGUGCUACACUAUGAAAACGUGGAGUUGGUCAAGGGCUUAAUUUGUGGACUUUAUAUGAUUUCAUUGGUCAGGACGCUUUGCCAGGUCAUAUGCUUAUUGCCUCAUUUGUGGUUGUUUAAAGUUUUAUGAACCCCUCAUUUGAAGAGCUAACCUGAUUUCUAGAGAAAUGCCCACRCUGUCUGAGUGGUGUUUUGUAAUGGAAAAAGGAAGCACUGUGUAGCAAUGAGUUCUCUGCUUUCCACCAAAUACUGUGUGUGAUUCCCUCUUCUGGAAAGCAGGUCAAAAGGAAGUUAGCAGAUUGAGCUGUCCAACUCCCUAGAAAUGAACUCUGGGUCCCUCUGUGCCUUGUAACAUCAGACCAGAGGUGGGUUAAGAAAGUGCUGAGGGAGUGUGGAGACAGCAGGGCCUCACCGUCUCUCAAGAAAGUUGCAUUUUUGGCUUUACUCAGUGGCUCAUGACGAGAACUCUGRAGUCUCCUGGCCCUAAGAAUGACCUGGAUCUCAAGCCUGGAGCUAGACCCGAGCACCUGCCCUGCACCUUCAGUUACUUACCAGCUCAUUGGAGUAGAAUUAUAAUUCAUAGGGGAUGUGGGUGGGGUAAAAGGUGACAGUAGAAACCCUUCCCUCCAGGAGGCCCCUGCGGCCUYCCCAUGAAACCCCACCUGCUGUAAGAUGUCUCCAGGUAGCCCUGUCUGAGGACAGGGACCAGGCAUUUUAUAUCAAGGGUGCUCUGAACAUAUUUUAUUUUUUAAAAAGAACAAUGUUUGUGAAUUCUACGUAUACUGGCAAGCUUUUGAAAAUGUAUUUAAUUUUGUAAUGUUUACCAAUGAUUUAUUUACAARCUAUUUACUCAAAUAAAUGGAGCUGCUUACAAACCUCA